AUCUCAGCGUCACCUCUCGUCUUCUCACCUCCUCCCUAUUUUCCAGCAAUCCUGCAGACUGAUUCCUCUUCAUCUCGCCUUAACACCCGAUGCUUCGCUUCUCCUCCGUCCUCUCUCCGCCUUGGAGCCCUUCAGAAGAGGACUUGCAGGAUCCAGCCGAUUCCAGACACAUCUAAUGAAGACAUCUAUUCAAAGUUUGCUCUUCUCUGAGACAUUCUGAUUCCUUCAAUGUUGGAAAAAAAAGCAUGUCAUUAUGCUCUCCUUUUGUGUAUGUAGGGCUUUUUAAUGGGAAGGCAGAGAUUUAUAACCGAAGCUAUGGAUGAGUGAUGUGAGCGACCUCCUUAGGGUGCCACAGACUCUUAGCUUUGUCCAUAAUGUGUGAUCAAGUAGAGCCAGUUGGUGACCGGGAGUUGAGGAACAACAACCAGCAGGGUGCCGGUGAUGCAAACGCCAACAGAGUUCAGACAGAGGAGGAUGAUGGGAGAACUGGACGUACUGGCUCUCUGUCAAGGAUAAUGACUGAGACAGCAGAGCAAGACAAAGUUGUCAUCUGGGGCACAGACUCUCAGUGUGACGACCCCGAGCUGGCUGAGUUUGAGAUGUUGGAGUGUCAGGAGCUGGAGGCUUAUUUGGUUGAGGAUGGGGAAGAUUUUGUCGGGCUCACAGAGAGGAAGAAACAUCAAGAGGAGACCUCACCGUGCAGCAACGCCGAAGAAAAACAGGCAACGGGCGGUACAAAUCGGAAAGGAGUGAAGUCGGUUGUGGAUGUUGCCUGUGAGCAGGAAUCAUCAGCGUCUCAUGUCUCUGAUACUGAUGUUUUUGUGACCUGCUUGUCCACCACUGCUACUCCGACGACAGACUCCUGGCACGUUGCCCCUGGUAACCACUCUGCCCUCUUAGAGGAUCUUACAGUGGCCUCGCAAACCUGUAGCAUCAUCUCUGAGCGAGACAAAGCCCCCCAAAAGGCUGAUCUCUCCUUGUCGACUAGAAAAAGCUCAACACACCAGCAAGAUUUAGACAUGAAUUUAAAUUCAACACCCCACCCAGAGAUUAUUGUACCGCAACAGCAAGUGGAGAAUGGUGUCUUAAGCAAGGAUGUAAGCAACGAGCAGAACACGGAUAAUAACCAGAGAAAUGUGGAAGGAAAAACCAUUUCAAAGGGAGAUUGUGAUAAUACAGACCACAAAACUUUAUUUUGUGCAGAAAGCAAAACUAAAAUGGAUAAAAGCACACAAGCCAGUGAAAUCCUUGAGUUGAUAAAACCAGUUAAAAGUGGUGCAAAAGCAAUUCAGCCAUCAAGUGAACCAAAAGCCAUAAGAAAACAAAGCUCAUUUGAAAACGGUCUAAAGAAACAAAACUCUUUUGACAGGAGUUUCAAAAAGCAGCCGUCCUUUGAGAAUUCUUUGAAGAAGCAGCUUUCUUUUGAUAACUGCCUGAAAAAGCAGGGCUCCUUUGAGAACAGCUCCAGCUUGUCAUCUCAGGAGCGGAGGAAAACAUGGGGAAGCCCUGGUCGAUCUGCAACCCCGGCAACUCCCAAAACUACCUCCUGCUCACCCAAGAGACAGCCGCCAGGUUCUCCAGCUAAAGUCCAGGGCGCAAGGGCUUUGAGUUUGGAAAGAAGUGCCGCUUUUCAAAGAAAUGUCAGUCAGUUCGUCAGACUUCCAAAUAAAAUAAACAUAAACAGUGGCAUUCCCAAACCUAUUGUCCCUCAACAGAAAGAAAAUGAGCCCAAAAUUCCCCCUCUAUCACAGAAGCCCAAAAAUGUGAGACCAAAAAUCAUUACAUACGUUCGAAAAAGCACACCAGCAAAAUCACAAGACACCAACACCCAGUCUGAAGGGUUAACAAAGGCAACUCAACCACCACCUUCUUCUGGUGCACAAGCUCAGAGGGACUCCAAGGGGGUUCCUCAAUCCAGAUCCACUCCAGUGCUCAGCUCCUCCAAUGUACUGUUCGACAAAUACCGACAGGAGUUGCAGAAGGCAGGGCACUAUCCGCCAGCCGCAGUUCCAAUGGGCGUGAAACCUCCAGGGAACAUCACACCUCAGAGGGUGAGCGGGAAAUCAGAGAGCUUUCAUGAGGAAAUGUCAAAGAAAUAUGUCCAAGAGCAUCUUUACCAAGAUGGUGGCAGCGUCUAUCGUUCACCUAGAACUCUGAGGCCUCAGCUGGGUUUGGGGGCAGUCACCAGGCAGCCCGCGGCCAAGACAAGAGUCCCACAGAUGGGUCAGAGGUCAGCUCCACUAUCCUGCCGUGGAGCCAGCGUGUCCACCCCGGGCCUCCAGGACCAAGCAGAAAUCACGCCCAAAAGUGUCCUGCUGAAGUCGGGCCAGUCCGGUCUCCGUCCUCCAGGCUUUUCCAGCCUUCCAGCUGCUCGACUAGCUGCUUUAGACGUCAUACGCAGCUCCAGCGCCUCGUCGAUGUCCAGCAGCCAGUCCAACAACAGCUGUGACAAUGACCAAUGUCACUAUCCCUGCUCUGGCGGUGAUGGAACACUUCCACACAAAGCCAUCAUAGUCAGUGAAACCUCCCAGUCUCAGGGCCGGGUUCAGCCCUCCAGCGCUACGAGUCUGCAGCAUCGUAACCUGUCACCCCAGCAUGGCUCCUCCCUCGGUACAGUCAAACAUCGAACAGACAGGAGGAAAUAGAUUUCCAAUAUCCAGUUUCAGUGUGUGUGCUUGUGAGCGAUGAUCAAAUUAGAGUUAUCCUGAGUUGAGAUCAUGUUAUCUCCAUGCCUGAAUGCAAAUUUUGACAGAUGGGCUGGUUUAGACCUCGAGCUGUGCCGGAUCAUUUGAUUGUAUCACCAAAAGAAGGCAU